AUGGUGUUUCUUUCAAAAGUUUUCAAGAGCAAGGAUUCGUCAAAAGCUGGCACAAAGCACAAAGUCCAACAGGUCGAUACCAGCCAAAGGCACAUGCCACUGGCGAAGCCUAGAUUUGUGUCGACAUGGAACAGCAGAGAGAUUGACCCGGAGGAGGUCGAAGAGCUCAUACAAGUAUGCACUCUGAUUCUCAAAUCAAGAGCUGAAGCACUCGACACACCGUUCUUGCUCUUGCCAUUCAGACCCGAGACCGACACCAUACCCGCAAAGACCUUCAUCAACAACUUCUUCAAAGGUAAUCGCGAGGGGAGUAGGCAUUAUACUGGUUCAAGUCUCCGCAGGGAGCUUGUCCUUACCGAUCCAGCUAUAUUAUGUAGUGUUCUCAAAUGGUGCUGGAGCCGCAUGCCCGGCGGCGUCGUCACAUGGCCAGUGUAUCAUGGGUUUUCUCUGGGCGAAAGAGAUUCCAACAUGGCGAGAAACGCCUUCCACACUUUCGUCCCCAUGAGUGUCGACUCGAACGCUCGAAAGAACAUCAUCUACAACUUCUUUGAUCUCUUGACGGCAAUCGCUGCUCACGGCAAGACCAAUGGCUUUGGCGGCAGAAAACUCUCCCGUAUGGCUGGUUGGUGGGCAUUUGAACACUCCGAUGAUGGUAAAGGAUUCGAAGGCGGCUACAGAUCUUGGUUGGCUGCUGCAGAUGCUUCUAGCCAUCUCUUCUUCGGCUACCUUAGAUCCCUCAAUCCCGAGGCUCUGGAUGGAUUUACUGGAAUCAAUGGACUCCCUCGAUCCAUCCAAGCACUAGUGGCCCAAACGGAGUAUCCGCCAGAAGCGCCCUUGCUCAUGUCGAAGCCGACACCGAAAGUUGUAAUGCUCGUCGAUGUCGUAUCCCCUGGCCCAUUCGCCCUGCUCCGAAGAGCCAACAACUUCGAAUACCGGGACGAGGACUUGCAGAUGUUCUCCGAAUACUCUGAUCCCGCUCAAGCCUUGACCGAAGAAUGCAGACGUGUUCUAAACUGUAUCACAUCUGCGAAUCAGUCUACAGCAGUCCGAUCUCAGAGCAACAUGAGCAUUGGAAUGGACAGUCUUAACAAUAGGCCGGAUGAAUCGUGGUCGCAUUUCCAGGACUUUGGUUUCUCGUCAAUCGGCGACGAUGCAAACGAUACUAUGAGCGGCGCAUCCUCACCCAGCCUCGAGCCAAGGCUAUCCGGUCUGAGAUCUGCCCCUCGAUCUCGUGCCAACGACGGCGGACGUCCCACAACACCCUCUUGGGCAGACUUCCUGAACUCUGGCUUUGUAGACGAGGGUACCGAUGUCAACCCAACACCCAUACGAAUGCUGAUGCCACCUGAUAAGGUGCUUCCUCCGAUCAAUGGUGGUCCUCCAAGAUCUUCCAAUGGUUACCAAGAAGAAGAUAUCAACCCAGGCGAACUAGCUAGUAUCACAAAGUUCGACCUUGAUGACAGUUUCUGGUGGGUCUGGAUGACUAGUCUUGCAAGUGAAGAGCCUGCUGGUAGAAAGGCCGUCUUCGGUCGAUGUGCACUCGUUGAGACUGGUAUACUUCGUGGUCGCUGGAUUCUUUUGGAAGAACAGAUCAAAAGCGCUGCUCCCGAGCCGGAAGAGGGUGCAUACAUCGCGGAGAAGAAAUCACGCUUUGGUUUCAGCCGUAGAGGCAAGACGAGCCGUAGGAAGUCGGCUACUCUGCCACCCAAAGCAUAUGACAGUCCUCAAUCGCAGGAACGAACAGCAUCGACAACGCCUAACAAGACCAGCAUUUCACCUGACCAGCAAGCAAGAAUCAGAGCUGCUGCUGCAACUCUCGUUCGACAGAACGUGAAGCCAAACGAAACCCCCAGUGGACAACGCCGUGGACGACAUGAUGAUGCUUCCUCGAUGAAAACCAACAGUGUCCUGACGCUAGGUCUGACAAGCGAAGCAGCGCCGGCGAUGAAGUGGGCUCACACUUUCGACAAAGAAGCCACACGUAAGCAGUAUCUGGGCGAUAACUUCGCCGGCAAGGGAACACCUGUAGACAUACAUGUUCCUGAUAAUGCAUCCAUGUUCGCCGAAACAAAGGGCUCUAACAAGCCUCUGCCUUCUCCAGAUGCUCGCAAACCCUCAAUUUCCGUCUCGGAUUACGAGAUACCAUCAGGUCCAGAACAACCGAAUGCAAGCGUCGAAGAAUUGUCUCAUCCGCCUGCACCAGUCACAAAGGCCGAAUCCCCGUCUCUCAGCGCCUCCAUCAUCUCUGAACGACCUGUGGUACAAAAUGCAACAGAGGUCCCGGCUGUGCCUUCUAUACCGAAAGUCACUCAAGUAGGAAGGAAGCCAGUCCCGGAACGCAAGAACAAUGUCCAGAACCACCCAGCAUUUAGACCAUCGAUGGAAGGACAGAGACCUGCCAAUCCCGAAACAUCGGCAGUGAAAGCUGCAAGAGAAGCAUGGGAAGCUAAAGCAGCUAACUACAGUCCUGAAGUCAUGGCACACGAGAAUAAGCGUCCUGGCGGUUUCAAGAGAAUGUUCAGUAGGAGGGAUAAGAGCGAUGAUGGCAAGCGCAAUUUCAAUGGUCAACAGCCGUCGGCAUCCAUGACUAGCCUGGCACCUCCUUCAGAGACAAACCUUGGAAGAAAGUUAUCGCUCCUUCGCAAGAAGUCAACUACUCCGACUCCUCCGGCACAACCUAUCAUGCCAACAGCCGAGCCUCUAUUCCCACGCCGUGCUGUACCGAACUCUCUGGCACCCGCCUCGGAGCCAAGCCCACCUGCAGUCAGCCCCUUGGAGCCAACCUUCUCACAACAGCAUCUCGCAGUCGACGAUCAUAUGGUUUCACCCAUGCAUUCCGAGGACAGAAGCAAUGUUGAUGAAGAUUUCCAACGCUUUGAUCAGGGACCGCUCUCGGAUGCUCCUGCCUGGACGCCUCGCGAAUCGAUUGACUCACAUUUGCAAGAAGAAGAGGCACACAAGGCGGAUCUGGAAGCUGGACAUCUGAAUGCACCCGGCGGCUUCCCCGAAACUCCCAUGGAGACACCUAUGGAACAGACCGAGCCUGUCUAUGAUUCUGCUCAGCCUGUUGCAAACAACCUGGAUAGAUGGGCUCAGAUCAGAAAGAAUGCUGCAGAGAGAGCUGCACGGAUCAGCGAGGAUCAAAACUCUCGCCGACCAUCUCAUUUUACUACAGGAACAGAGGAUGAGGGCGAUACCAGCGGCGAAGAGUCCAUCGAGGACCGAGUUGCCCGCAUCAAGGCCCGUGUUGCUCAUCUGACCGGCAAUCUGGAGAGAGCCCCCACGAGCGUACCUCGUUACUGA